AUGUACACCACACCUGGCAACGCUCUCACUUUCACGAAGACCACUGUUCCCAACUCCAAGUGCCAAGCAUACCAGAUCACUGCGAACAACGGCGUCUUCGGCCGAGUGCAACUGACCAUCAACUACGCCAAUGGAAUUGUACAGACCGUACAUCACUUUGUCACAGCCUCUCAAUUAGCGACAGGCGAGAAAUAUGCCGACCAAUCAUUCACCAACUCCUACUUCAACGACACAUCAGAUCAAUUCCAUCGCUAUGGCCUCGUCACUUAUGAUCAGAUUGCCAAUGCCCAAGUCUUGCAAGACGACCGGGCGUGGAUUGCAGGAGAAGCUGACAAGGCAGGGUCGCAGUACGAGGGCAUCUGCAUGAAGGAGUCUGCCCAUCCGAAUAAAGAGCAUAUCUUCCAGUUGGAGCAAAUGGUGAACCACUCCAUCUGGAGCAACCUGCAAAACUUCGACUACAGCGUGAAACGCAGCUUGUUCUUCUAUGAACCAUCGGCGGUACCAGGGUAUCCUUACAGCACACGCAUCAGUUGGGGAGGUACCUGGAACAAAAACGAUGCGUACUCCACCUGGCGAGCGGAAGAUUACGUUCACGCCUCUGCGAUUUACUACGCUCUGUAUCGCGCAUCACGAGUCUCGCUAGGCAUCUUGAAACUACAAACCCCGAUGUGGUACUGGAACCAGGCGUUCCAUACUGUGGUGGCCUCGCAGAAUCAUAUUGUGUACGCUGAUGUGGGAUUGAUGGGAGAGACCAUGUGGGUGAAGCUACUGGAGGACUUAUUCGCGGAAGGCUUGAGCAGUGAGGCCGCUCAGGUGACGCAAACCAUGAAGGGUAGACAAGCGCUCUGGGCGACGCAGUCAGGUCCCUUUGGGAGCGAGAUGCAACGGCACUCAACUGCGGAGGAAGGUGUCUAUGCAUGGUCUAGAUACUUCAAGGAUCAGGCCACGAUGACGAAGUCGCUGGAUUACAUCCGUGGAUACACGCCUACGGUAGCGCAUUGGGGCUGGAACGGGAGCGCGCGACACUACUGGGACUUCCUCUACGGGGGCAAACUCCCACGUGUCGAGCGCAUGAUUUACCACUAUGGAUCAUCGCUGAAUGCUCUGCCACCUCUGGACAACUACGAAUAUCAGUCCAGUCCAGCGAGCCCGGCGGCCUUUUAG